AAAACUACAGGGCCGGCGUCUCCCUACGUAGCGUUGCGUGACAUGCGCCGGCUUACGUGGAUGACGCCGCGGCAGCACACGAGGAGUCGUUGAGAUCUAGUGCUGAGUCGGGUUAGUGCCGCGGUUCGCCGGCUGCCUCCUGGCUGUGUGAUAACGGCUGCAACACUCUUCCCUCCAACGUGGGAAGCCCUCCCCCACACCGCCGGCUCCUUGCCCUACCCCUCCAGCUCCCAGGAUACAUCAGCUGCUAUAUCGCAGCCCGACACACCCGGAAAUGGACGCGAGCGACUCGGCCCCAGACUCCUGGGAACAGACGGACAUGGAGGCCACGGAGGCGCAGCUGAAUUCUUCCUUGGCCCAGCUCAACGUGAACGCCAAGCCGUUUGUCCCUAAUGUACACGCCGCAGAGUUCGUGCCGUCCUUCCUGAGGGACAGCGCGCCAUCGGACGGGCAGGAGGAGGAGGAGCAGCAGGGUUCCUGUCCUACUGUUGGCAUGGAUGUUGCUGAGCCUGUUGUGGAAAAUGGGGAAACAGAGAUGUCACCAGAAGAAUCUUGGGAUCACAAAGAAGAACCCAUAGAAGCAGAACCAGGAGGCGGUUCUGAGGGUGAUGGAGGGACUACUGAAGAAGGUGCCUCUGAAAUGAUGGAGGAAGAGGAGGAUAUUCCAAAACCUAAAACAAUUGUUGUACCUCCAGAUGCUCCAAAGAAAGAACAUGUAAAUGUAGUAUUCAUUGGACAUGUAGAUGCUGGUAAAUCAACCAUUGGUGGGCAAAUAAUGUAUUUAACAGGCAUGGUUGACAAAAGGACUCUUGAAAAAUAUGAAAGAGAAGCCAAGGAGAAAAACAGAGAAACUUGGUAUCUGUCAUGGGCUUUAGACACAAACCAGGAAGAACGAGACAAAGGCAAAACUGUAGAGGUUGGUCGGGCCUAUUUUGAAACAGAGAAAAAGCACUUUACUAUCCUUGAUGCCCCAGGCCACAAGAGCUUUGUCCCAAAUAUGAUAGGGGGAGCUUCACAAGCCGACCUUGCUGUUUUGGUAAUAUCUGCAAGAAAAGGAGAAUUUGAAACGGGCUUUGAAAAAGGAGGACAGACAAGGGAACAUGCCAUGUUAGCAAAGACAGCUGGUGUAAAACAUUUAAUAGUUCUAAUUAAUAAAAUGGAUGAUCCAACGGUGAACUGGAGCAAUGACAGAUAUGAAGAAUGUAAAGAAAAAUUAGUGCCGUUUUUGAAGAAAGUUGGUUUCAACCCCAAAAAAGAUAUUUACUUCAUGCCAUGUUCUGGGCUUACUGGAGCUAACCUGAAGGAACCAGUGGAGGCGUGUCCAUGGUACAUUGGCUUGCCAUUUAUUCCAUAUCUGGAUAGUUUGCCAAACUUUAAUAGAUCAGUUGAUGGACCUGUCCGACUGCCAAUUGUUGAUAAAUACAAGGAUAUGGGAACAGUGGUUUUAGGAAAGCUAGAAUCUGGUUCCAUUUGUAAAGGACAGCAGCUUACCAUGAUGCCAAACAAGCACACUGUUGAAGUUCUCAGCCUCCUCUCUGAUGAAGUAGAGACAGAGCUUGUAGCACCAGGUGAAAACCUAAAACUCAGACUUAAAGGAAUAGAAGAGGAAGAAAUCCUACCAGGAUUUAUACUGUGUGACCCAAACAACCUUUGUCAUUCUGGACGUACAUUUGAUGCCCAGAUUGUGAUAAUUGAGCACAAAUCUAUCAUCUGCCCUGGUUAUAAUGCAGUGCUGCAUAUUCACACCUGUAUUGAAGAAGUCGAAAUAACAGCCUUAAUCUGUUUGGUAGACAAAAAAUCAGGAGAAAAAAGUAAGACGCGCCCCCGAUUUGUAAAGCAAGACCAAGUAUGCAUUGCCCGCUUGAGGACAGCUGGAACAAUUUGCCUUGAAACAUUCAAAGAUUUCCCCCAGAUGGGACGAUUUACCUUAAGAGAUGAAGGUAAGACCAUUGCAAUUGGGAAGGUCUUGAAACUGGUUCCAGAAAAGGACUAAGCUUCUCAAUGCUGCACAGUACUGUGUGGAAAAUUGACUCUACAGAAGCCUACUUCACAUUGCCUUCUUGUGUUCUGCCCAUUGACAAAAUGAUUAUCCAAGACCAGUUUCACAGCAGAAAUAUGUCCACAUUGUCAGCUUUCUCAUAUUGAGAGCUCUGCUAUGCCACUGUUGAAUUUCCCUCCCUGAACGUUUUCCACCCUUCUAAAUUCCGCUUCCUAGGAGAGAUUUGGCAAUAGCUUCAUAAGUUAUGUGGACAAAAUUGCCUACAAUAAUGAAAACCUAAGAUUAUUAUUUUUUUUUUUUAAAACAAUUCCAUGCAAUAUCACUUUCCUCACCUCCAGAACAAGACAACUUAAUUCUAGGCAUAUUAUUCAAAAUGUGCGAAUGUGUGAGCACGUUACGAAGACAACUACCGUGUUAAUAAAAUAUUCAAGUUAAAACCCUUUUCGGUAUUUGAAUUGCUUUUGAAUACAUUUUUUUACCUGAAUGUAACACUGCUGCAUUAACUUUUUAACGUUCCAAGUAAACUAUUAAUAUAUUGGCUUGGAUUUUUUUUAUUUCUAAAGGAUCCCUUAAUCCUUGACCCUUUUGGCAGAUGCAUGCACUGCCACCUGUGGUUUUCCAAAACACAGAAUUUUUCUUACCUUUAAACAAUUUGGCCCACUAAUUUUAACUCCUUAAAGUGACCCACGUUUAUGCAGACUUGUCAGUGCUUGGUCUGUCUUGGCAAAUUGCAUUAUGAAGUUAGAUUAUAAUUUUAGAAAACUUGGGGGGCAUAAAAUGUGCUUUUCAGGGUGAAGUCUGAUUAUAAAUGCUGAGGAUACUGUUACCUAGCUUCAUUCUGCCAUAAAAACUGAAUUUAAGGGAUUACAUGUAUGGCUCUGAAGAACAUUUGAUUUUUAAUUUACAUAAGUCAUUAGUAGCUCUUGCGCUACAAUUCAAAUAAUGAAGACUGCUGUUCCAAUUCAGUCUUUGUGUUGAAUAUAAAGGCUUGACUUAACCUAUUUGCUGCUUAAAAACGUCUGAGAUGAGCAGCGGACUAUCAAUAUUGAGCUCAUAUGAGUUUGCACAUUGAAUCUUUGAAUAAGUGAUAUAGUCCUGCUGUCUGUAUUCUCUGCAUAUCAAGAGUUAAGCUUCUUUCUAGAGCUGAAAGCAAUUUCUCUGGUAAUUAGAAACUAACAAUAAAGCAACCUCCUCUGUAAACCCUUGUCCCUGAGACCACCAUGAUUAAACGAGCAAUAGAUUAGCUGGUUGAUUUAAAUUAUAAGUAUCCCAAAACACAGUGUUUUAGGAGGGAAAGUGCGCAAUACCUUUAUUCUCUAAGUGGUGGUGUUUCCCUCCUGACUGUUUUACCUUCACUGUAAAGUGUUUAAAAGGCAAGAAUCCUGCAGCUGGAAAGUUUCAGGAUUUAGCAAACCCAAUUUUGUUUUAACUGUGGAAUUUUUUUCCCAUUCAUUUCACCAAUGAGGCUACAUUGUAAGGCCAGAGAAAAAUUGUCCUUCAGUUUCAAAUGAUUACUGAUUACUCUUGUAGCUGCCGUAAUGCAUGAAAUGGAAAUAAAUUUUAUUAUGUCAGCAAAACUGUGGGAUUUCAUUUUAUUUUUUUUAUAUAUAAUUUCUAACGUUCAGAUAAAAAAUGUGUUUUUAUUUUAGGUAAAUACCAAAACACUGAAAUGUGUGUUUUUUUGUUUUUUUUUCUUCUAAGGAAAAAAAAAAUUUUCAUUUAAUAAUUUUUCUGGUGUAGUAUGAAAGCAUGGCUUACUUUUCUAUUUCAAGUGUAUAUAUAGUACAGUGUAGGCUUUGUAUGGCAGUUCUAUGUUUGCUUCACAUUACUUCCUAAAGUGCCAAGAACAUUCCUAGGAUACAAUAGAAGUACUAUGUGAUAACUGGCAUAAUGACAGAAGCUGUUCCCAGUAAAUGAGCUCUAGAAGGCCCGCCCCUUGAGUGCAUGCAGUAUGAUUUUAAAGGUGUCAUAAGUUAUAUGAUGUAUGUAUGCCUAAUUCUUUUUGGAUAAAUGAUGUCAUGGCUUAUUUGAAUAUUGUGUUAUGCGUUGAAUAAUCUACAAUCAAAUUGUGUUGGAAACGAUAAAUGCUCUCAAAAUAAAUUCCCAACUUGCAUUUUGUGCUCAUGGGAGGAGCUGGCACAAUUGAUUAAUUUACACCAUACACUAAUCAGUAUUAAUAAAGCAUCUCUAUUCAGAAA